GCGACGGGAACGAACGCCACAGCAGGACAAUAACCGCCGAAAAAAGAAAGGGAGCUUAGGAGAGAAGGCUACCACCGAGUACAUCAGCAGGACAAUCAUGGCUUCCGUAGCACAGACCUCUAGCACGGAGAACGUGAUCACGCUGCGAGGGUCGACGGAUGUCGUCACCGACUUCUUCUACUACGCCGUCAACAGCGUGCUUUACCAGAGAGGGGUUUACCACCCCGACGGUUUCGCUCGCGAGGCCAAGUACGGCAUCACGACCCUCGUCACGACCGAUGAAGCCCUGAAGAAGUAUCUCGACAACGUCAUCAAGCAGCUCAAGGAAUGGUUGUUGGAGAAAGAGCUGCAGCGCCUGGUGCUCGUGAUAGUCGGCACGGACUCGGGCGACACGCUUGAGCGGUGGACGUUCAACGUGCACAAGGAAGAGAGGCCCGUCCUCAAAGACGGCAGCAACGCCGGCGACCAGCAGCCGCGCAAGUCGCAGAAGGCCAUCACGCAAGAGAUCCAGAACGUUAUCCGGCAGAUCACGAGCAGCGUCACAUUCCUGCCUCUCUUGGACGAGCCCUGCUCCUUCGACCUCUUGGUCUACACCGGCAACGACGCUACCGUACCUUCCGGGUGGGACGAUUCUGACCCUCGAUGCAUCAAAGACUCGUCUGAGGUUUCCCUGCGCUCCUUCUCCACUAAGAUCCACAAGGUGGACACGGUCGUCUCCUACAAGAACAAGACCGACGAGGAGCUGUGCUGACGGUUUCGCUUCU